AUGGCAUCUCCAAAAAGAGCUGUUGCCAUCCCACAUCCGUUCUGCACACCGCAAACGACGCCUAUUGGAAACAGCGAAAAUGUCUCAAGACCGGUUUCGCCUCUUUCAGAGACAGCAACUGGCCUCUCCGUCUUUAAGCAAGGGCUUUUGAUCAACCAAGCUGCAACCUUGCUGUCUGCUUUGACGUCGAGAUUCUCAAAUAACCGUGUCAACAAUACCAAGCAACACUUGGUUGCGUACCUGACCGAAAUCAUCAAGCGAGCCAAGUGCUCCAAAAAAAUCGUUUUGUUGUCGAUUUUCUACUUUCACAAGCUUUACACUUACAAGCUGGACUCUAUCACCAACUUGCCCGAGUUUUCCAGGUGCUCGAAACGCAUAUUUUUAUGCUGUCUCAUUUUAGCCCACAAAUUUCUAAAUGAUCAGACCUUCUCCAUGGCGUCUUGGCAACGCAUCAGUGGCCUUCCAUGCAAGGACCUGUCAACGAUGGAGCGUUGGUGUUUGGCCAAUCUUGACUACGAAUUGUUCACAACCGAAACAGAACUUACAACGUGGUGUGACAAACACAUCUACAAUAAGAUAGUCGACACGGGAAAAGUUGCCAAGAAAAGGCUGAGAGAGUUAGAGGUCACGGCGUCGCCUUUGUUAGCUAAAAGAGCUCGCACAUCAAUAGAAAUUAUCAGCAAAUAG